UAAAUAAAGAUUAGCCUACACGGUUAUACUGAUAAUAAAACUGAACGGCCCCUUUGCACCUCUUUGCCACCAGCGCGCGCCACUGUUCCGUUCGCGUGCGCAGUCGCAAUCACCCACCGCCCACGCGUGACAUCUGAAAGAGAAAAAUGUGAUAAAUAAAUAAAUAAAUGAGCACUGUUCAGUUCCGCCAGGGACCCGCGAGUGUGUGUGCGUGCGUGCGUGCAUGAGUGUGUGUGUUGCGUCUGUCUGAAACAUGAAAUGCUUGCGUUGAUUCAAAACGGGGGAAUUACCACCACCAACAACAUCGUCUUCAUCAUCAUUCCUCUCAUCCACGCCAAAAAAAAAAAAAAAGCCCCGUUCACACGCGCAGGGAGGAGCGCGAUGCAAUUAGGGUGGUGAAAUUAUCCGUGCACGCUACCCGUGAAGGCGAGGAUGGCUUAUUACACAUAUUAUUUUAAUUAGUGUUAAUGGUUUUAUUUACUAGUGUCUUAUUCCAAUCCGAUUCUUUGCUCAGCUGGAUCAUACAUGUCGUGAUCAAUGAAAAGCAUCGGUUAAUUCUUAUGGAUUAACAUAUCUGAACUCAACCCGAGCCAAACCGCUCCUCUCUCCUCCCCUCUUCGUUUUUCUCUCCACCUCUCCCUUCCCUAUGCUCAAUUCGGUGUGUGUCUCCUCAUUCAAAGGGCGCAAGGGUGGCAACAAGACGUCCAACAAAGCAUGUUACAGCGCCGACAUGACUUGCCCGUCGGAAAGCGAGAAAAUCGUGAUCAACUGCGGCGGCGUGCGGCACGAGACGUACCGGAGCACCCUGAAGACACUGCCCGGCACGCGCCUGUCGUGGCUCACUGAGCCCGACGCCUUCAGCAACUUCGACUACGACCCGAAGUCCGAUGAGUUCUUCUUCGACCGACACCCGUCCGUCUUCUCGUUCAUCCUCAACUACUACCGCACGGGCAAGUUGCACUGUCCCAACGACGUGUGCGGGCCGCUGUUCGAGGAGGAGCUCGCCUUCUGGGGCAUCGACGAGACGGACGUGGAGGCGUGCUGCUGGAUGAACUACCGACAGCACCGGGACGCGGAGGAGGCUCUGGACAGCUUCGAGAACCCCGAGCCGGAGGUUCCGGAGGACGAUCCGGCUGCGCUGGCGGGGGACGGGGAUUUAAAGCGCCUCUGCAUGCAGGAGGACGCGAGGAAAGUGGGCUGGUGGCGCGUUUGGCAACCCAGAAUUUGGGCGCUCUUUGAAGACCCUUAUUCCUCCAAAUACGCACGGUAUGUGGCAUUUGGAUCCCUUCUAUUCAUCCUUAUUUCCAUUUCCACUUUUUGCAUGGAGACACAUGAAGCUUUCAACACCAUUUAUAACAAAACCGAGAAUAUUACAGAGGGGAACGUUACAAAGGAGGAGAUCGUAUACGAAGUGGUCACGGACAGUUGGUUGAUGUACGUGGAGGGAGUGUGCGUGAUUUGGUUUACCAUCGAGGUUUUCACACGCGUCGUCUUCUGUCCUGACAAAGUUGAGUUCUUCAAGAGCUCGUUAAACAUCAUCGAUUUUGUUGCCAUCUUGCCCUUCUACCUAGAGGUCGGACUGAGUGGGCUUUCCUCCAAAGCAGCGAAAGACGUCCUGGGCUUCCUACGCGUGGUGCGGUUCGUUCGGAUUCUACGCAUCUUCAAGCUGACUCGUCACUUUGUGGGCUUGCGUGUUCUUGGACACACACUUCGUGCCAGUACCAACGAGUUCCUCCUCCUCAUCAUCUUCCUCGCGCUUGGAGUUCUCAUCUUCGCCACUAUGAUCUACUAUGCUGAGAGGAUAGGAGCGAGUCCAGACGACCCUACAGCAAGCAAUCACACCAAAUUUAAAAAUAUCCCCAUUGGUUUCUGGUGGGCUGUGGUUACCAUGACUACCUUGGGUUAUGGAGAUAUGUACCCGGAGACUUGGUCGGGAAUGCUGGUGGGGGCGCUGUGUGCCCUGGCGGGCGUGCUGACUAUUGCAAUGCCAGUGCCCGUGAUUGUCAAUAACUUCGGCAUGUAUUACUCUCUUGCCAUGGCCAAACAGAAGCUGCCCAAAAAGAAAAAUAAACACAUCCCACGAGCGCCGCAACCCGGCUCGCCCAAUUACUGCAAGCCGGAUGCCCUCGCCAUGGCGACAGCCUCACCCCAGAGGAUCCUGGGUAACGUGCUGGGCAGUGUGCUGGGGUCAAGCGGGCUGACGGGAGACUGCCCACUAGCUCAGGAGGAAAUUAUAGAAAUUAACAGAGACUCAAAGCAGAAUGGUGACGCAGCGAGUGCUGCUCUAGCAAAUGAGGACUGUCCAACAAUCGAUCAGGUUCUCAGUCCAGAUGAACGAAGCCCGAUGGGCCGGACCCGAGAGCGCUACCAGCAGGACAGAGCCUGCUUCCUCCUCAACACACGAGAGUUCAGACCCACUGAUGGAAAUGUGCGGAAAGGUUGUGUCAUAUCCCGCGUUUUGUUAAGUUUCUAGCAUUUGGCAAUUCAUAUAAGGAGACACAGUUUGUCACUGAAUCCUGAACAUUUGGGGCCGUACCAUCCACAUGGGACAUGUGAGGAAUGUCGCAGUGGCAAGAGGGUGUGACUGGGGGUGGGGGGGGGACAAGGAAAAUCGAAAAAACAUUUCCGAGGCCGGAUCUUCACAUGGUAACCAAAGCAACCUCACCGAAAAUCCCAGAUCACUCCUCUUUCAACAGACUGACUGAACUGAACAUUGCACUGACACCUAGAAAGAGAAAAAUGACUCUUUAAAGAACGAAAGGAAAACAUUCCAAUGUGUUUUGUCUGAUGUUUAAGAUCAAAACACCAGACGUUUUGACUGCCACUGAUCUGGGCCCUGAGUUUCUGUAUAUUAAUCUAUAUAUAAGAAAGAAGGACCAAGUUAGAAUAAUUAUGUAGCAUUUUUGCUAAGACCUUGUAGCAUUUCUUGGCUGGGAGAACUCUCCAACAAACUUUCUAGAGACUGAUAUUCAUUGACAGUUUGCACAGAAUGACUAAAAAUGGCUUAGUCAUGAACAAUUAUUUUCUUAUUUUUUUCCUACACAGCAUUUUAGCAGCAAAAUGUGUCGUUUGUGCAUUGCCGUUUGGUAGCUUCCAUUCCCUGUCUGAGAAAAGUCUGAGUCUUAGAGUAGCUUUUAUUUUUGAAUGAAUCUAACGCACUAAAAAAAGUUUAACACAGCACUCUGCUUCGCUAAGAGAUGUAUGUUGAUAUUCCGAAACAGUCUUCCAAUUUUUCCCUCAAGUUCAGGGGAGGCAUCAUAAUAAACAGUCCCAACAGACCAAAGGCCAAUUUUUGUGACCAAAUAAUGUACAAAAGCUAAAAUAGCUCAAAAUAGCUUCAGAUUAUCCCUGUCAGAUCUUAACUGUCUGGAAAAUUCUACCCAUCAAGCCAGUGAGGUUGUAUUUUCCCUUUAAAUAUGAACAGAUUGGCAAUACUGCCAGGGGUGCUUUAAUUUCAAAAGAACCCUGUUGUUUUGCUGGGCAUUGCCCCAAAACAUCAAACUGAGGAGUUUAUAACAAUUCAAACCUUUGUUAAGGCCUAUCUUGUUCCUGAUAAUAGAGAUUUGCUUUUGAUUUAUAUAUCUUUAUAUAUAUUUUUUUGUAAUUUAGUAGAGCUUAUGCUGCCAUAGAUUAUAUACAUGCACACAUUAGCGUGCUUGGACCAAUAACAAAUGUAAGUUUGUUACUUUAUCUUUGGAAAGAGGGUAUAAAGGUCAGGGAAAUGCAGAGACAUUCUUAAAAAAAAAAAAAAAAUGUCUACGUAAGACUUGUCUAAAACUGCUUUCAAAGUUUCCCUCCAUUUUAGUCCGAGUUUCCCUCCAUUUUCUCCCAUUGGUUGAAUGUCUCUGAGGGUUGCUCUUUCUUAACCAAUCAGAGGGAGGAUUCUAGAUUUCGCCAGGCAAAUCAAGAAGAAUAAAUGUACAAAACAAAAGAACAAAUUUAUAUUUUGAUAAGUAGAAAAACACCUCAAUGGUUCACAAGGAAUGCAACGCCACAGAUGUAUGUUUGAAUGCGACUGUACAAGUGCAACAAAUGCAAUUCCAACCACACUACAAACUGACGCACUAACUUGAACAACAAAAAAAGAAAAAUAAGGAGGGAACAAAAAAAAUACUCACUUUCCCAGAGGGAGGGCGCAAACAGAUUUGCAAUUGUUUCCACUUGGACUGAACUGUCAGAAAAUGGAUGUCAAAAUAUGAAAAAAGAAAAACAAAUGGAAAAAAACAACAACUUGUAGAGAAAAAAAAGACAAAAGAUGCAUUUUUGUAACUUUGUUUACCAGCAUGAAAACUUUGCAUGACUGUAUUUUCUGCGAGCCCUUAGUUAAAGUGAGGAGGGCUAAAAUAAUAAUGAAACAAAUGUUAAUAAAUAAAAGAAACAUGAUAUGCAAUGGAUAUUUAAGAAAAAUAAGAUAUUUAAAAGAGCUAUAUUUUGUUUUGAAAUAGGAAGAAAAUGUGAAUAAAUUCUGGCUGCGAGCUACACAAUGAACUGUUUUUUUUUUUUUUAGUUGAAAAGGAUAGUUCAACCAAAAUUGUCAUCAUUUACUCAUCCUCAUGUUCUUCCAAACCCGUGUGACUUUCUUUCUCCCAUAGAACACAAAAGGAGAUGUCAGGCAGAAUGUAAGUGUCAGUCACCGUUUUCUUUCAUUGUGUCAUUUUUCAAAGAAAGAAAGUAAAAUUAAAGUCAUGCAGGUUUGGAACAACAUGAUGCAUUUUGGGGUGAACUAUCCCUUUAAGAUUAAAAAACAAUAAGUCUAAAUGCCACCAAAAUAUGUUCUGCUAUAUACUGCCCCAUGUACCGUUCUUGUUAAUUUUACGUUUCAUUUUUUAUUUUAUUUUUUCAUUGACUGUUUGACUUGUAUAUUUUGGUAUGCCGAAGAGCCGGACCGUUAACUUACUGUAGACCUGAUUUGUUCAACUAUUGUUUGUCUGUACAAAGCAUUAGUUUCCUCUGUAGCGAUGGUAACAACUGUGUUAGAACUCUCUGUAAGUGGGAUAUGGCCUCUUUUCCCAGCAUGCAUAUAUAGGGGCUGAUAGCGUUUCAUUGUCUCGGAGUUCACCUUCUCUCAUUGGCAAUAAUAUGAAUGAUAACCCAGAGAUCUGUUAAACUGUAGCAAGGCAAAGAGAAGACUCGUAUUUGUCUCAGUGUCUUCCUUAUACAGUAUGGAAAACUUUUUUUUUUUUUUUUUUUUGUAGAGGCGUUGUGUCUCUAAUCUCAGGUCAACAAGUUAAAGCUCAGUUCGACACCAGACCUCUGCCUUCCUUUUGCUAUUUCUCACCUUGUCUCUUUUAGUGGUAGUGGUUUCAAGAUAUACACUGGUCACUCAACACAGAAUAUAUGCCCACAAAAGCCGAGUAGAAUUCAACACGUGCGUAAAUUGCAAAAAUAAUGACUAAGUAAAAUACAUAAAUAAGGAAAAAUGCUGACUCUGCAUAUUAAGCAAGAAAGAUUUUUAACAUUCAAAAUAUUGCUCAUUUCACCUUUAAAUGUUUUGGCUAAACUUAAUUAUGCUGUUGACUACCAUUAGAGUGUAGUGCUUUCCGUUCUGUUUAACUCAUUUUACUAUGUUUAAAUUCAUUUCGCAUAAUUCCACAGAUUUCGCCCCAAAAUCAAUGUGGAAAAUGUGAAAAAAAGAGAAAAGUCUGCAGAUUGCAUUUACGCUCAUUUUUAAUUUCAGUGUUGAUAUGUGUGCUCUCUGUCACUGAAAUACUGAGUACGAAAAAUGCUAACUUUAGUCCUACUCAUUUGGUUUCCCAGAACGUGCGGUUUUACCAGUGUCAAAUGUUUUUUAUUGUAGAACACCAAGCUAAAGUUUCACCUUUAGCGUUUAACUUUUGGCUAAUAGAAAACAUUGAAGUUCUUGUACUUGUUUUAAAAAUGGGCCUUAGUUUAGCCAGAGAUUAUUUAGCAGAGAUGGGCCACUUC